AUACCUCCAUUGCUAUCUGGGCCUUGUGUCUUUGCAUGAUAUAUGUGUUGUUUAAUCUCCAUUUCUAAAAGAGAACGAUCGAUUUUGUAGAAUGAGAAAGCCUUGUUGCGAUAAGCAGGACACAAACAAAGGGUCUUGGUCCAAGCAAGAAGACCAGAAGCUCAUCGAUUAUAUUCGCAAACACGGCGAGGGUUGCUGGCGGACUCUCCCUCAAUCUGCAGGUCUGCUUCGCUGUGGCAAAAGUUGUCGGCUGCGAUGGAUAAACUAUCUAAGGCCAGACCUUAAAAGAGGCAACUUUGGGGAGGACGAAGAGGAUCUUAUCAUCAAGCUUCAUGCACUCCUUGGCAAUCGGUGGUCAUUGAUAGCGGGUAGAUUGCCAGGACGUACAGACAAUGAAGUAAAGAACUACUGGAACUCGCAUUUGAUGAGAAAGCUUAUAACCAUGGGGAUUGAUCCCAAUAACCAUCGCUUGACCCUUCAAUCUUUUCCCUCUCGCAAGAACAACCUGCUAAUCGAUAGUGCAACAUUACCUGCUGCCAAUCAGUCAAUGAAGAUCUGUGUUGAAGAUAAUGAUGUGCAACAAGUAUCGGAUGCUGGGAGUGGGAGUUCUUGCUUGGAAGAUAGUGGGUUGCCUGACCUAAAUCUUGACCUCACAAUCACCUGAAUCAUUAUAUUUACAGCCCGCUUAGUCUUACGGAUUCUUGUGUUUCUAUCUCAAAUGUUUAGAUGAACGCACACAAUUUCAUAUGGAUCAUUGGGGCAUGUGGGACCAUGAUUUCACAUGAAUCAUGUGCGUCCAUCUCAACAUUUGAGAUAACAGGAAAAAAAAACACUGGAUCCUUAGUAUUUUUAUUAUAUUUAUCAAUCUGAAACAACAUCAACAAGGAAUUUAAAUGGCAAUUACAAAAAAAUCUUGGACAAAGACUACAGUUCAAUUAAAAAAUAAUUUGGAUCUAGCUGCUUGUA